UUUACUCAUCCUAAUGCACAUCCACUGUGGAUGUUCUCCAGGUGCGUGGCAGAGAUGGAGAAACACAAAGUCACCAUCAGAGUCAGUGAAAACACUAGUGAAACCUCAAGCACAGCAUCAUUUUCAUUGGAGGACCACAGAACCAGGACGCUGUACCUCUCAGGACAGAUAAAACGACAGUCAAAUGUGAGCAGUCUCUUGGACCAGCUCUCAGACGUGUGUUAGAAAGAGCUUGCUAUGGUCACCAAAGACAACGCUAACUCUGGCUCUGGCGGCAAGACAACCUGUGUGAAGAAGCAAAAGUGUAUGAUGAACAAUUCCCAAAAGGCUGGGACGCUAUACAGGGACUCGCAGAAGACCAUAUUUGAACCCGAACUGACCUUAGAGGUCACGGCUGACGAUGCUGGAAGGAAAACAAAUCCAGUCGCAGCGAACGGUGUUAUAGAAACGGCUGUGAACGAACAGACAUGUAACGUAUGGAGCAUUUCCAAUCUCCAGAAUCUGAAAGAGAUGCAAUAUCUGUACCACGAGACUGAGGACAGUCUAAUUGACCCAUCACUGGACAUAGACAAGUCGUCCCUCAUGGGUUUCAUUGACUCUAGUAACCUGGAGAGCUCAGAGGAUGUUCAGACGGUUCCGUGCAUCCAGGUGGACGUUAAAACGGAUGUGGUGCUGAUCGAUGAGGAUGAUGAUGAUCUGUCUCUAAGGGAGAGGACCGUGACGGACGUGUCCUCUGCAGACGGGAACGCGGCCGAGCUUGUGUGUGGGCGGCUCCAGUCAAUCUCCUCUGACUCCUCCCACUCUUUAUGUGAUGGGCGGAGUCUAGAGCAGGGCUCGACCAUUGAGACGCCUCAAGAGAAACAGGAGCCGCCCAAAAAACACAAACGCUCUUGCUGCCUCUGUGUUAUCAUUUGA